AUGCGAACAAGUUUACAACAGCUUCAAACACAGUCAAGAUCAAGGGAGUCGACUUCUUAUGACGCGAGCUGGGCUCCUGUUCAAAAGGAAGUUGAUGUAGAAAUAGAGAUUGACCAGCCGAGCUUGCCCGACGCUGACGUCCACCGAAAUAUUUCAUCUGAUUCUGCAACUGCCGAAAAUGAAAAACAACAAACAAUCUGUUCACAAGCAUCAGUUAUAGUGUCUGAAUCGAUUUUUCAAGGAUCUGAAACAGCUGAAACGGACGUGAACGAUCGUGAAUGUCGUAAAAUUGAUCUUGUACGCACAGAAACUGAAUUGCCACCAUUGCCAAACAGCACUGCCACCAUUCCCGAAUUGAUGCUUGAAGAUACUGAAAAUACACUCGAAAACGCUGACAAUGUAACGGUGUCAUCAACAGAGCGGUAUCUCCGCUGUCUCGGUCAGUUACGAAGGAGUUCCGAGAAAUUAUCUAGCCUAGUGAGUGAAGCAACUGAUCAAAAUCAAGUCCACUUGAAAUCUGCAUAUACACAACUUAUUAGUACUUGCGAAAGAGUUGUAACAAUGGUUGAGGACGUGAAAGAGUCUGCAAAAGUUGGACUACAAGCAGUCCAGAAUCAAACAGAGGCUGAAUCCGACAUGCUUGAGGAUAGCAAUCUUAUUGAACAUGAUCCAGCUAGAAGACCGGAAACGUUAACAAGAAACCAAAUAAAGUACCUAAUCCAUCUUGGACCAUAUCAACCAAAACUAUCUAUUUAUCCACGUAAUCUUGAACUAACCAAGAAGGGAAAGCAGAGCUCAUUUUCUCAAUCAUGGUUCGAUGAUUACCCUUACUUAGAGUACAGUAUUUUAGCAAACAAGGCUUACUGCUUCGUGUGUAGUAUAUUUGGAAAAGAAGGCGAUCAGAGAGAAAUAUCAGAGAAAGCGUGGAUAGAAAGUAUCGAUGAUUGGUCUAAGAUGAAAGGCAGUCGAGGCAAAAACAAACCAGGGAAACUACAAACCCACUUUAGCUGUGACGCUCACACUGCCGCAAUUCGUGACUAUGCUAUUUUUGUCCGAGAGGGUAACCAUAUCGAUGGAUUAUUGUCAAAACAGCAGCGAAGAAGUAUUAUCGACGACGAAAGCGAAAAAGCGAAGAAUAGAGAGGUUAUCGAAAUGCUUAUUGACGUGACUAAAACACUGACAAGAAACGGAAUAGCCCUUCGCGGAAACGACUCAGAUGAAGACGGAAACUUCCGGCAGAUCGUCUACCUUCUUUCACGACAUAAUCCUGUAAUAAAUAGCCAAAAGACUUCUCAAUCGAUAUUAUUUAUGUGUAGAGCGAAGUUUGACACGAAUCAGCUAAAAUCUAUGAAGAUCCCGUCUAUGUUUUCUAAGAUAUACCGAUAUUUCUGGAGAUUUUCAACUACAGGCAAAGCUCUGCAUCCAAGCCGUAUCUAGGCGUCUCCAUGCAAGUGGUGAUUCACACGAAAUUUCCUUUCUCUCGUCUUGAACAAUAUGGCUAUUGCUAUAAUUAAUAUUUAGUUUAAAUAUGCUCUUAUACUAGUUAUAGAGCUGACUUAGUUCAAUAUAUUAAAUAAACACAAAUAUAAAACCUCGCAUAACCUGUUUACGGUGUACAGGAAUAUACGGUUCGCUUGUUUCGCUGGACACCAACACUUGCCGUUCAGGAGCAAUGCUUGCCUACAAAUUUUAUCCCGUUCACAAUCUUUGUUUUAUUUUAUCGUAUAGUCGCAUUUUUCAAGUAUUCGGCGUAUUCUGAAACUGAAAAACUGGGUGGCGUGCGAAUCUUGUAGACUACAUCGGCUUAGGCGUAGAGCUAUUAAGUAAACAGGGCCUAAAUUAAUUUAGUAGUUUCAUUUAAUUAUUUGUCUUGCUUUUAUUUGUCAGUACAGAAUAUUGUAAAUUAAAAUAUUACCGACAAUGCAAUACGCGUAGUAUUUCAUCAGACAUUUGCACUAAUAAAUACUGUACAAGGAAAACUUAAAUAAUAGUAGACAUUUCUUGUUUUGUCAGAAAACACCACAGCUCACUUCGACACGGCUUUUGAAUUUUGUAACUGGCCGAGGCGAAAGUAAAUCGUGCAGUCGGGAAAACGUCUUACUUUGAAAGAUUAUUUUGCAAAGCAUACUCGUACACACAAGAAUCAUAAAAAUACUACGGUGGCCCAGACGCGACAGCACAAAAACAGUUUUUGUAUUUUUUGAUUUUUUGAUUUUUUGAUUUUUUGAUUUUUUGAUUUUUUGAUUUUUUGAUUUUUUGAUUUUUUGAUUUUUUGAUUUUUUGAUUUUUUGAUUUUUGAUUUUUUGAUUUUUUGAUUUUUUGAUUUUUUGAUUUUUUGAUUUUUUGAUUUUUUGAUUUCUUGAUUUUUUGAUUUUUUUGAUUUUUUGAUUUUUUGAUUUUUUGUUUUUUGAUUUUUUGUAUUUUUGUAUUUUUGUAUUUUUUGAUUUUUCGAUUUUUCGAUUUUUUUAUUGUUUUUUUUAUUCCGUAUAGAUAUACAUACUGUAGCACUUGAAUGAGCGGGCAAGGUUACUGAUAAUGGGUAUAUAUAACAUGAUCGAAGCUGUGUAACACAAAAUUAAGGUUAAGGGUUAGGUGCCGCGAAUUUGCCAUUUAUCAUGUUGAUAAAUUCGGACGCGUUUAAUAAUUUACUGGUAUAAUAAAAUUCAAAUGUGGAACUCAUGCUGUAAAUUACACUAUACGUAUAAUCUUGAUCAAAAAAUUUCCACGACAUAUGGCGCCGGAAAAUUGGCGCCGGAAAUUUGGUGCCGGAAAAAAUUUGCGGACAUAAAAUCGUUUAUUUUUUGCCGACAAUUUUCUUAAUUUUUUGAGAUUUUUAGAUGUAUUAUUCAUCUGGGUACUGGGAUUUAUAUUCUGAGUUCAUCAAUCUUGCAUCAAUAAAUUUUAAGGGUCCCUUGUUUUGCGAGCCCCGCCCGAGAUAAAGUUCCACUCUGCCUCUCUCCCGGCGAUCCUGCAUGCAGUAGAUGGAAAUUUAUAACGAAAGAUUCAAUAUAUACAAUUUUAGACUUAACUACGGACUUAACUACAGGAGCAGCUGCGAAAAUGCUGUCAUCUGACAGGAAUCGAACCUGUGGCUAAAUAUAGAGAUUUUUGGGAAUAUGACGCUGUAAAUCUUAAUUUGCGCUUGGGAUUUUUCUUGAAAUUUGUGCUUGAAAUUUCCAUCCUACAUAAAUCUUUCAAUCUGUUCAUAUUUUAUAUAAUGGCAUCACCUGUACUAUAUAUACUGUUAUAUAAACAAGAACUUGUGGUUGGAGCUCGACAACUGAACUCUAUAACUCAGUUGGUUACAGCACUGCAACGGAAUUGCGGGGCCGUAGGUUCGAUUCCUGCUAUAGUUCUAUUUUCCGCAGCUGGUUAUAGGUCUAAAUUAAAUAUAUGUAUGAAUCUUCCACUCGAAAUGUUCAUCUACAUAAAGCCUUCAAUCUCGGGAUCAAGUGGUCUUAGAAUCAGGGGCGUAGGAAGAGGGGGGCAGAGGGAGCGCGUGCCCUCCCUCCCAAAUUGUUUCAAAGGACGAAAAGUGUCCCUUUUUGUGAUGAAAAGUGCCCUUUUUGUACAAGUUAAUGUCUCUGUAAAUACUAAAUUAACAUCAAAGGUGCCCUUCUUGUUUAGAGAUUUCGAUGUUUUUUUUAAAAUAUUUGGUCAAAAACGUGCCAUUGCGUUAUAUAUGGUAUUACGGGAAAACUUUUCUUAAGCUACUAGUUGUCCAAUCGACGUGUGUGGUGCACCGCAUUCUGGUUUAGAAUACUUUAUUGUACAUACAUCAAGUUUUAUACUACAAUAUAAUAUACAUGAUCACUGUUUAGGGAAAUUACAUUUAUUAUGCCGAGGGGGGGGGGAGAUGGAUAUGUCUUAACAGGGCCCCUGUUGAGAUUAUUGGUAAAUUUCCGAUGCCCCCCUCCAAGUUUCUAAAAUUUUCAAUGCCCCCCCCCCCUCCAGAAUUCGGAAUCGAAGCAAUACAAUCCGGAAUUCUUUCUUAUCGUAGACAUCAUAUAUACAAUUUACAGCUCCUCAAGAUGUCUGAUAUACUCAAGCAUGUACUUCUCCUCAACUAAAAUACCGACCUACUGCUUCUUUCACCUCACUAGCGCCAGAUUAAAUGGCACCCUUUUAAAAAAAAAUAAUUUUAGAUUGGUGCCAAAAAAAUUUAAGUGAGCUAUAGGUGAUUUCAUGUAUCUAUUUAUAGAAGAGCAGACUAAGGAUAUCUUGAAACUGAAAUCGGUUUCGAAUACAACCAUCAGGGGGACCUAGCAAAGCAUCUGACGUUUGGGGGGGGGGGAUGUUGGGGGAUUAUACAUGUAAUAAUAAUAAUAAAGCUUUUUGUGAUUGAUUGGCACUCUCAUAUUAAGUUUCGGGAGAAAAAGGGUGUAGAAAAUGUUUACAUUCUACGACUGAAUUUCUGGCGUGUUUUAAAGCAAAUUCGCAAACAAAUUUCAUGCAAAUUGACUGUAUUUUACAAAAAUGGUUAUCAUUUCACAAAAAUAAUUACUUUAUUACGCAAAUUUUACCUGAAAAUGUCAAAAUUUUAACUUGAAUUUUAUAUAUUUUUGUCUGAAUUUCACAGUAGGGGGAGUUUUCAAACCAUCUAUCCAUUAACUAUGUGGGAGUGAACACUCCAGGCCACUGCUGGACCAAAACUUUGAAAAGUCUACAGCUACCCCCCACCCACCGUCAGUAUAUCGAGCCCCCCGUUCAAUGCCAGAUUGCCAGAGAAUAUUUCGAUGUCCCCCUUAACAUCUUCACCCCCCCCCACCCUUCAGCAUAAUAAAUGUACUCCCUUAUUUACGGCGGCCCAGACGCGACAGCACAAAAACAGUUUUUUGAUUUUUUGAUUUUUUGAUUUUUUGAUUUUUUGAUUUUUUGAUUUUUUGAUUUUUUGAUUUUUUGAUUUUUUGAUUUUUUGAUUUUUUGAUUUUUUGAUUUUUUGAUUUUUUGAUUGUUUUUUUAUUCAGUAUAGAUAUACAUACUGUAGCACUUGAAUGAGCGGGCAAGGUUACUGAUAAUUGGAAAAUAUAACAUAAUCGAAGCUGUGUAACACAAAAUUAAGGUUAAGGGUUAGGGCCGCGAAUUUGGCAUUUAUCAUGUUGAUAAAUUUGGACGCGUUUAACAAUUUACUCAUAUAGUAAAUUGUGGAGCUCAUGCUGUAAAUUACACUGUACGUAUAAUCUUGAUAAAAAACUUUUCACGACAUAUGGCGCCGGACAAAUGGUUCAUUUGGUGCCGGAAAAAUUUUGCGGACAUAAAAUCGUUUAUUUUUUGCCGACAAUUUUCUUAAUUUUUUGAGAUUUUUAGAUGUAUCAUCUGGGUCCUGGGAUUUAUAUUCUGAGUUCAUCAAUCUUGCAUCAAUAAAUUUUAAGGAUCCCUUGUUCUGCGAGCCCCGCCCGAGAUAAAGUUCCCCUCUGCCUCUCUCUCGGCGAUCCUGCAUGCAGUAGAUGUAAAUUGAAAGAUUCAAUAUAUAUACAAUUUUAGACUUAACUACAGGAGCAGUUGCGAAAAUGCUGUCAUCUGACAGGAAUCGAACCUGUGGGUAAAGAUAAAGAUUUUUGGGAAUAUGACGCUGGAAAUCUCAAUUUGCGCUUGGGAUUUUUCUUGAAAUUUGUGCUUGAAAUUUCCAUCCUACAUAAAUCCUUCAAUCUGUUCAUAUCUUAUAUAAUGGCAUCACCUGGACUAAAUACUGUAUAUAAACAAGAACUUGUGCUUAGAGCACUGCAACGGAAUUGCAGGGCCGUAGGUUCGAUUUCUGCUAUAGUUCUAUUUUCAGCAGCUGGUUAUAGGUCUAAAUUAAAUAUAUAUGAAUCUUCCACUCGAAAUGCUCAUCUACAUAAGGCCUUCAAUCUCGGGAUCAAGUGGUCUUGGAAUCAGGGGCGUAGGAAGAGGGGGGCAGAGGGGGCACGUCCCCCCCUCCCAAAUUGUUUUAAAGGACCGAAAGUGUCCCUUUUUGUGAUGAAAAGUGCCCUUUUUUGUACAAGCUAAUGUCGCUGUAAAUACUAAAUUAACGUCAAAGGUGCCCUUCUUGUUUAGAGAUUGCGAUGUUUUUUAAAAAAAAGUUGGUCAAAAACGUGCCAUUGCGUUAUGGUAUGACGGGAAAACUUUUCUUAAGCUACUAGUUGUCCAAUCGACCUGUGUGAUGCACCGCAUUCUGGUUUAGGAUACUUUAUUGUACAUAUAUCAAGUUCAUACUACAAUAUAUAUAUAUACAUGAUCACUGUUUAGGGAAAGUACAUUUAUUAUGUCGAGGGGGGGGGGAAUGGAUAUGUCUUGAAAAAAAGCUCAUAUUUUUACAUGGCCCCUGUUGAGAUUGUUGGUAAAUUUCCGAUGCCCCCCUCCAAGUUUUUAAAAUUUUCAAUGCCCCCCUUCAGAAUUCGGAAUCGAAGCAGUACAAUCCGGCAUUUCCUCUUAUCAUAGGCAUCAUAGAUACAAUUUGCAGCUCCUCGAGAUGUCUGAUAUACUCAAGCAUGUACUUCUCCUCAACAAAAAUACCGACCUACUGCUUCUUUCACCUCACUGGCGCCAGAUUAAAUGGCACCCUUUUUAAAAAAAAAAUUGGAUUGGCGCCAGAAAAAUUUCAGUGAGCUAUAGGUGAUUUCAUGUAUCCAUUUAUAGAAGAGCAGACUAAGGAUAUCUUGAAACUGAAAUCGGUUUCGAAUACAACCAUCAGGGAUCUAGCAAAGCAUCUGACGUUUGGGGGGGGAUGUUGGAGGAUUAUACAUGUAAUUAUAAUAAUAAAGCUUUUUGUGAUUGAUUGGGACUCUCAUAUUAAGUUUCGGGAGAAAAGGGGGGUCUGGGGGUCCUCCCCCAGAAAAUGUUUACAUUUUUGAAGCUCUACAACUGAAUUUCUGGCGUAUUUUAAAGCAAAUUCGCAAACAAAUUUUAUGCAAAUUGACAGUAUUUUACAAAAAUGGUUAUCAUUUCCCAAAAAUAAUUACUUUAUUACGAAAAUUUUACCUGAAAAUGCCAAAAUUUUAACUUCAAUUUUACAUAUUUUUGCCUGAAUUUCACAGUAGGGGGAGUUUUCAAACCAUCUAUUCCAUGAACUAUGUGUGAGUGAACACUCCAGACCCCUUUGAAAAGUUCAGAGCUUUCCCCCCCACCUUCAGUAUAUCGAGCCCCCCCCCCCGUUUAAUGCCAGAUUGCCAGAGAAUAUUUCGAUGCCCCCCUUGACAUCUUCACCUCCCCCCUUGGCAUAAUAAAUGUACUUUCCCUUAUUUAUUUAUGCACUAAUACUCUUGUCCAGACUUUAUAUUCCUGUUCAAGUUUGAAAAUAAAAGUUUGAAAAUAAAAGUUUGAAAAUAAAAGUUUGAAAAUAAAAGUUUGAAAAUAAAAGUUUGAAAAUAAAAGUUUAAAAAUAAAAGUUUAAAAAUAAAAGUUUAAAAAUAAAAGUUUGAAAAUAAAAGUUUAAAAAUAAAAGUUUAAAAAUAAAAGUUUGAAAAUAAAAGUUUAAAAAUAAAAGUUUAAAAAUAAAAGUUUGAAAAUAAAAGUUUAAAAAUAAAAGUUUAAAAAUAAAAGUUUGAAAAUAAAAGUUUGAAAAUAAAAGUUUGAAAAUAAAAGUUUAAAAAUAAAAGUUUGAAAAUAAAAGUUUGAAAAUAAAAGUUUGAAAAUAAAAGUUUAAAAAUAAAAGUUUAAAAAUAAAAGUUUAAAAAUAAAAGUUUAAAAAUAAAAGUUUAAAAAUAAAAGUUUAAAAAUAAAAGUUUAAAAAUAAAAGUUUGAAAAUAAAAGUUUGAAAAUAGAAGUUUAAAAAUAAAAGUUUGAAAAUAAAAGUUUGAAAAUAAAAGUUUAAAAAUAAAAGUUUAAAAAUAAAAGUUUAAAAAUAAAAGUUUGAAAAUAAAAGUUUAAAAAUAAAAGUUUAAAAAUAAAAGUUUAAAAAUAAAUGUUUGAAAAUAAAAGUUUGAAAAUAAAAGUUUGAAAAUAAAAGUUUGCAAAUAAAAGUUUGAAAAUAAAAGUUUGAAAAUAAAAGUUUGAAAAUAAAAGUUUGAAGUUCGUUCGUAGUCAGGGAAAAAGCCCGCGAAUACCGCCUUCUACGCAGGCUGAUAUUUACAUUUCAAAAACGUAUUAAAUUUGUGAGGAAAACACAAAGAAAAAUCAUAACAUAAGCGUGUCGUUUACAUGUGAUAGAGAUUUCCCUUGAUUUACAUAAACUUUAACUUUGAUUUUCUCGACUUACACAACGUAUUUUUUGAAAAUUACUUCGCCAAUGACCGUAGUAUAGAGCGAUCGUUUUUGAAGCAAUUUAAAGGGGAAGUCAAGUCCGUUCUGCGCAUCGGUUCUGCGCAUAACAAUAGAGGGCCCUCUGAGGUAAACAUUGCCCAAAUUUUGAAUGUUUCGAAUUUUUCUGAACACAAACUCUAUUUCAUAUUCAUGUAGAAGCAUAACGAACCAAAAUGGUGUUAGAUAUUCAGACAGUACAUCAUAUUUUAAAAAAUACAGCAGUUCAAAAUGUAAACAAACCGUUUGUUUACAUUACGGACUUGACUUCCCCUUUAAAAUACAGUGCCGAUGUCUUCUUUAUUAUCAGACCUAAAGAGUAAAGAUAUUCGGCUUCGCCUCCUAUUUUAUAUCUGAUAAAACACUGCUGAUCAUGUAUUAAAUAGUACUAAAAAACUCAUUUAGAUAAACUUUAAGUUAAAUUUUCUCACCAAAUAUCAUUCAUUGAAUAUUUAAAAUUGUUGAAGAAUACGAAUGUUCUCAAACGUUUGAUCACAAGUCAUACGAAGUAUCGCGUACAUGUUGUGACAUUGUUGUCCCAGACAUUGUCUUUGGCUCAAGUUUGUACAUUUGAUACAACACGGCCGCUCAUGCUUUAUCUAGAUUGUAGACAUAAAAUUUACAUCCGCAGUGCGUGUUUUAUCAGACUUAUAAAAGAUACUCGGCCUCGCCUAUAGUACUUCAAACUUUUGAAGACCAUACAUGUCAAGUCCGCGUAAUGUAAAUAAAUCCUUCGACGCUUUGUUUAUAUUUUGGACUGCUAUAUAUUUGUAAAAUAAGACAUACUAUUAACUAAAUAAUAAAUAUCUAACAGUUUUCUGGUUCGCUAUUGUAAAUGAAUAUAAACUAGAGUACGUUUCAAUUCAAAACAUUUCGAAAAAUGCAAAAUUUGGGCAAUAUUUAUUUCUGUGGGUCGCCGUUUGUUAUGAACAGAACUGAUGUGCAGAACGAACUUGACAAGGUCUUUAAACAUUAAAAAAAUCCAAAUAUAUAUCAAAUUCAAAAAAUCGAAAAAUCAAAAAUCAAAAAAUCGAAAAAUCAAAAAAUCAAAAAAUACAAAAAUCAAAAAAUCAAAAAAUACAAAAAUCAAAAAAUCAAAAAAUCAAAAAAUCAAAAAAUACAAAAAUCAAAAAAUCAAAAAAUCAAAAAAUCAAAAAAUCAAAAAAUCAAAAAAUCAAAAAAUCUAAAAAUCAAAAAAUCAAAAAAUCAAAAAAUCAAAAAAUCAAAAAAUCAAAAAAUCAAAAAAUCAAAAAAUCAAAAAAUCAAAAAAUCAAAAAAUCAAAAAAUCAAAAAAUCAAAAAAUCAAAAAAUCAAAAAAUCAAAAAAUACAAAAAUCAAAAAAUACAAAAAUCAAAAAAUCAAAAAAUCAAAAAAUCAAAAAAUCAAAAAAUCAAAAAAUACAAAAACUGUUUUUGUGCUGUCGCGUCUGGGCCACCGUAGCCGCGUGAAUAUUUCUUUUAUUUUUAAUUAUUUUUCGGCCUUUCGGAAACUGUCGGACACCUUCGGUUACCGUUCGGAGAUGCUCGGAAUCUUGUUCGGAGAUGCUCGGCAUCUUUAGCGCCAAUGUUUGGCGCCAUAUUUUUAUAUUUACCAUAAUAUUAAUCGAAGCGUUGCGUUCAUAUCAUUAUACAGUAUAAAAAUGGUUUUCAUAUGUGCUUGCAUAAGGACGCCUAAUGGCACGUCCAAAAAAGUCCUUAAACAUUGGUACGCACGUUCUACCAUGGAUAAUAAAAUAAAUGGAUUGGAAACUUCUGACGUCAUUGACUGCAUCCUUGUUGAAAAACGUGACGUCACGCGUAUUGCGAAUGUUACCAAAGUUCUCGGCAUAUUUGUUGUUUUGCUAUAUUUUCCACUUUAAAAGGGUGAUCUUGAAGCGUAAACUGGUCUAAUUGUUUUAAAAACAUGCCUAAGCCACGACAAAGUAUUCAAGGUAAUUUUUUUUCGUCUUUGUUUUGUAUUUUUUUACAUUUGUAGCUACGAAAUUGGCGUCACAAAUUUUAACGAAAUUUGCGAUGUAUUUUUCACUGUCAGCCUACAGUACAGUCCACAGUCUAGUAGUCUACAGUCUACACACGCAUUUAAUUUAUACAUUCAAUUUAUACAAAUAAAAAAUUAAAAAUAGUAGUUUUUAUGUAGAUUUAUUUCACUGAAAAUACUUUAAAGACUUAAAGUCAAGGGCUAUAGACAUAGACAUUUUCAUUAGUAUUAAUUAAAGACUUAAAUAAUAUGUAAUUUUUUUAAUUAUUAAAAAUAUGUAAAUUUUACCUUGCUUCAAUGCUUCGGAAUUUGAAUGUAUAAGCCAUCAACCUCGUACCCAGGUCCCAGGACCACGCAUAAGAGUAAAGAUUCAAAAUGUGCAGAGUUGUGCAGAGUAAAAUUGUAAAAAUAUGUUGUUGUUGUAAAAUGUGUGAAGUGUGAUUAAUGGCGCAGAAAGUUUCGAAGAUAACUAAACUCAGUUUAUAAAAAAUAAAAAUCUGAAUAAAAGACAAUAAAAGACAAAUUCCAGUCAUAUUUCAAUUCUUCUUUUAAUAAUAAAAGACAAUAAAAGACAAAUUAUUAAAAGACAAGAUGCCAUCCCUGCUGUUUAGUGCUUGAAAUAUUUGCUAAAAUUGACUGGGAAUAAUUAGAGUUUUCAUCGUAGAAUGGCGUGGUUACAUUUAUUUGCUCUUUGACUAAAAUGUUUAGCUGUAUUAUUGCUAAACAUGCCGUUUUUGAGAAUUUGAUUUUCAACUAGGUUGAGGCAUCCAACCACGCCAUCAAUCCCAGUAAAAACAUUAGGUCACGUCAGCUAGUUUCCUAUCCAUUUAUUUUAUUAUCCAUGGUUCUACUAAGGAUGGAGACCAGAGUUUGUCAGAUAUUUUCAACGAUUUUGCAAGUGGAGAAUUUGAUGGUACAGGAGUUGCAAUAGAUGAGAAAUAUCAAACGGUUCAAGUAAGUAGUGACUGACUAUGUACUAAAUCUCGUCGUUUUUAUAAACAUGAAUAUAGCACAACAUUCAAGUGCAUGUAUUUUAUAAAUAUAUAUUAAAUAGAAAUAAAUAUAUAUUAGAAAUGACUUCAUUUUUACAUAAUGAAAAUAUUAACAUAUUUAAAAUAUUUUCCGCUUUUAAAUAUUUUAAUAUAUGCAUAUAGACAGAAUUUUAAUAUCGUCAAAAACGUGUCAAAAAUAUUAUCAUUUUAAUAUAAUAAUAAUAGUAUAUCAACAUUUAUAUCUCUUCAUAUUAAAUUAAUAUUAAAGGCAAAUAUAUUAAUUGUUUAUAAAAUUGUUUAAGGCAUGCAAAAGUGAUCAGAAUGUGUUUCCAUAAUAUAAACACCUUAGUCAAUGCCACCAAUUGGCUGUUGCAGGUUGAAGUCAGGAUAGGUCACAGCAAGAGUGACAAAAAGGUAAAUACCAGUCCACAAGAGCGCAUCUCAGAUGUUGUAUGCUUGGGUCAAUUCGUUGAAUUUGUUGUCACUGAACCAGCUUGUGCAAGAGAUGCAGAAGACAAGGUUCCACACACACAAAAUCCCUUCACUAUAAUGAUGGCCAUGCAACGCCAGCAGAAAUCAUUGCCACACAAGUAUGAAGUGAAAAAGCCUAAUCGCAAGUUGGACUUGAAGAACGACAUUUUAGGUUGGCUUGAGAUUAACGAGCUUGGGUGGACUGCAGAUGCUGUUACUGAUCAGGGAUGUAACUUCAUUAACACAUUGGCUGAUGUAUUGUGGGCUAUUGAUGGACAUGACAAGACCUUGCAAGACAGAGGGUGUGGGAUUCCAGAGAUGUUCAAGCACCUCCAAGGCUACAACAAACCAGAAAUAACCAAACACAGAAAACGUCAGUACAACAAUUUGAAUUAUAUUGAUGUAUUCGCCUAUUCACAGCGACUUUUUCAGAUGUGCAGUUGCAGCUACCUCAAAAGGGAUGCAUGGAAAGGUGUGUGUAAUUUUGGUCAUUCCAUGAUAUAUAAAUUAUUAAAUACAUAUACACAUGCAUCAUUAUUAAUAGACACUCAUUUAUUCAUAUUAAAUUUCCUCAUUUGCUUAUCACUAGGAGUGUACAAUGCUUUGCUUAGACUAGCUGAUAAUCUGAGGAAAUAUGCCAACUACCUGGAUGAACAAUUGGCAGCAACUGAAACGUCUCAAGCUAGGAAAAUUGCUCGCACAGAUGUUGAUGAAUGGCAGGUGUAUCAAGCAAUGAACAUUACACCUACAAAGAGAGCUAAAUAUCAAAGCCUGCACCAAGCACUCCAAAAUGCAGAUUCCUACGAAGCCAUUUUUAUUAACGACUUUGCUCCAGCCGAUAGGAGAAGGAGAUUUGAAUACAUGACUGGCCUGGUCUUCCCUAUCAAGUGUAUUAGAUACUCUUAUACAGCAUUGCACAACCAUCUCCAUUUCGUGUGGAAGCUAGAAGUAGCUGACAAUGAAAGUGUUCGACAGCAGAAAAACGAUCAGACCAAAGACAAAUUCAAAUUACAAUUUCCUGUCUACCAUAGUAGGGCUAUGAAGAGAGACUUCCUUUCUUGCUUUGGAAAAGUAACUGGAGUUAAGAGUGCAUUCCUUCGUGAAGCAUACCGCCGAUUAACUGGGGAUUCUGCGGCUGCACGGAACUUGUCCGAGAAGGAAGUUGACAGUCGGAUACAAGAGGUACUGGAUCACGAGGAUCCUGACAUCUUGUGGGACUUGAGAGUAAACAACACUGGACGACCGGAAGACUAUCCACUUUUCCUGCAGAAGUGCCAGGAUUAUAUAAAAGGCAAGGUAGAGACGGCAGUAGAUGAUAGACGAAAUGAUAAUGUCACUGAGAAUGGGGAAAGUGUGGUUCAUCUGGCUAUGGCAAUGAAUGCUCGAGACUUGCAUGAACAGGUGAAGGAACAGUGCCCUGAAGGAACACCAAUACCAUCCAUUCAAUGGCUCCGGUUGCAGUUCUGGCCAAGUAAGGCAUGUGCAGCUAGCAAAAGACACACAGGACGACUGAAAGUCAAAAUGGUUGUUGCAGCACGCCAGUUUAGAAAGAGUCAUGUAGAUGCCCACUAUGCAUCAGCUGUAUUUAGAUACCAGAAAGAAUUUUGUGUGCAGUUCCAGGAUAUUGCAAGCCUUGUGUGCGAAGAUGACAAGCAUACCAUCAAAGUAGGGGAGCCUGGCUUUCCAGUAGCUGCUGUGGAGCGGGGCAAGCGUGUCAUUGUCGGCUUGAACCAGUCUUUCGAAGUUGGUGACCAUGACUUUACCAAGUUUUCAUUAUCUCCUUCCGUCUCACUAGUUGUAGAGAUCCCGGAUUCCAUAGAUGGAAGUUUCUAUGAUGGCCAAGUGUAUGUUGGUCUCAAAGCUGAACCUUCAUCUGCUCUUCGACAUGCAUGUGAAUUGAAUACUUGCCUGAAUACUUCAGAUCAGGACAAACCAGUAGAAUGUCACUAUCACGACGGUGGAUUCGAUCACAACUUACGUUUUCUUAGAACGCAACUUAGUCAAGUGGCAUACUUUCUGGAGCGAGAUUUAGACAUGCUUAUACUGGUGCAGACACCUCCACAACACUCAUGGAAGAAUCCUGCAGAGCGAGUCAUGUCUAAUCUCAAUUUAGCUUUACAAGGCGUGGGUGUCAUGAGGACAGAAACAGAAACACAGGAGGGCGCACUGAAAUCUGCUAACAAUUUGAAAAAAAUUAGGAAAGUAGCGGAAAAAAAUCCAAGUGCUCAACAUGAAAUCUCUGACUCGCUUGAACAGCCCAAGAUCCUUCUGAGUUCUCAGUUUAAGAGAUGCCAACUCAAGGGGAAAAACUUCCAAGUGUUUACUGCUGCCACUAAAGAGGGCAUCACAAAGACGGCUUCACAACUUCACAAGAUAGACCCAGGCUUCAAUUUAGAUGUGCUAAUAGAUACGUCCAAGCCUUGCAAGAUUUCAAAGAAGCUAAAAAAAUUCAUGCAUAGUCAUACUCGGAAAGGCCACUAUCAAUUUAGCAUAAAAAAGUGCAAAGAAGAGAAUUGUGCUUGCAGAAUUCCCAGAACCCAACCUGAUUUGUUUGACAAGCUCCACCACUUACCUUAUCCGAUUCCACAUAGAGAUCAUUACAAAUCAUUUCAGGUAUGCUCAAAUGAAAUUCCACCACUCACUGCAUGUACUACAAAAACUGAAAGAUGUGUAUUUUAUAAACGUUGUACUUGUGUAUUUUAGGAAUUGUAUGGAAAAGAUGAUGAUAGCAAUGAAGAGAAGCACGUACCGUCUAACCAGCUGAAAGCUGCUGCCCGUCAUCGGAUGCCUUUUUCACCAUCCUCCCAUAAGUCCAACAAUGCGAAGACUGUUAUUCAGGUAAAUUUGGACUAAUGUUAAACCUAUUUGCUGUCGUUAGAGUAGAGAACCGGUGUUCUACAGUAUCAGUGCAAUUAACUUGUAUAAUCUAUUUAAAUUUGUUUUCUUUAUCCAGUGUGAUGACUGUUUGAAGUGGAGAGUGUGUUACGCAAGCCAUGUGCUAAAGAAGAAUCAGAAACGUGAGCUGGAAAGCGAGCUGGACAACAUCGCGUACUCUUGUGGAUCUUGCUUUCAAGAUAUCGAAGACUACCAG